AUGGAGUCACCAUCUGAGGAGAAAAGAAGGGCCCAUAUCAUCAAUAUAGAUUCAGAUGAAACUGUCAUGACUGCCUUUCCCUACAGACCUCAUAACUCUUUACUGGAUUUACUGAAGGGCGAACCAAAAGUUUUGGGGGCUAUCCAGAUUCUUCUGUCUCUGAUCAUUGUGGGCCUUGGGAUUAUAUUAGCAUUUAAUUUCAUCAUUUUCUCCAAAAAAUUUCCUCUUGUGAUCAUCACUGGAUAUCCAUUCUGGGGAGCAUUUACUUUUUUUCUGACAGGAUUGGUCACAGGAUUCAAUGAAAAAUCAAGACAAAUUCUGAGACAAGGAAUCACCAACAUGAACAUCAUCAGCUCAGUAGUUGCAGCAAUUGGGACUGCCCUGAUCCUCAUCAGCUUUACACAGGAGAACAAAUUCUGUCAGGCACCCUCCCUCGAUGGAACCUGUAUUGUAGGCACAGCACUUCUCCUCGGAAUUUUGUCAGUCUUAUUAAUCAUCACCAUAGCAGAGUUAAGCAUCUCUGUGACUAUUGCAUCCUUAAGAAGCUGGUGCUGGACCAAAUCAAGAGAGGCUGUAUUCCUCUUUCCUUCAGAAAUUCCUGAAAAUACUGAACGGUCUGUGUCAGAAGAAAAUAAUCAAUUACAAUUUGAGUUUCAAAAACCAUCUCCCAGUUCUAAUUCAAGUUCAAACAUAAGAACCAUUUUCUUGGGGGGUUAUGCUUUCUUCAAGCUAAGAGUCUCAAGAAAUCCUUCAGCUGCCAAAAAUAUCCCACAGAAAAGUGAUAAGGGUACAUCUUCUAUGCAUGCUCCAGGUGAACAGGAAACUAUUUCUUCACCCUCCCUAGAGGAAGAGAUUAAACUGAAUGAUUUACCUCCCCAAUUAAAACCUGAGUCUUCAAAAAAUAUUUCUUCUCAGAAAGAGUCUAGAAGCAAUAACAUAAAUGAUGAGGACUUAGAAUCUAAGUUCUCUGAUCCGCAACCCAAAUUGCUUGACAACCAAAACGUGUCACUCCAAGUUCUUAAAACUCCAUCUUCACAUAAUGCACUCCCUUUGUUACAUGAUAGUUUAUCAUACCAAACAUUACUGGCAGGUCUGUCAACACAAGCCUUACCCACAUCUAAACCCACAUCAUCCCGUAUGUCACAGGCUUAUGAUCUGACAUCUGAAGACUUGCCUUCUGAGUACAUACCAUUCCAAGACAGCACAUACCAAGACAUGCAAUCCCAAGAUACAGCAACUCAAGACAUAUCAUCCCAAUAUACACCAUACCUAUAUACACUAACUGAAGUAAGACUAUCCCAAGAGACUCCAUCCCUAGGGACUUCAUACCAAGAGCUGUCAUUCCAAGAUAUACCAACUAAAGACAGAUCAUCCCACGAUACUCCAUCCCAAAAGACCCCAUCCCAAGAAACUCCAUACCAAGAUACAGUAACUCUAGAUAUAGUAUCUCAAGAGACUGAAUAUUCAGACACUCUACCACGAAUGCUUGCCCCCCCAAAUACUCCAUCCCAGGAUAUACAAUACCAAGAUGUACUAUCUCAAGACAGAAUAUCCCAAAGCACACAAACCCAAAAUACAGCACCCAAUGACAUGUCAUUCUCAGAUCUUCAAGCAGUAAACAGUCAAGUUCAAACCCAGCAUGGUCAAGAAAUAUUUUAUAAGGACAUUCGAACAGAAGUCAUGGAGAUGACUCAAGAGUGGCAAUCUAGUAAGAGCAAGAAAAACUCAAGAAGACUUUCCUUAUCCUUGCUAGGCAAACCUAGACAAUUCCAUCCCAAGAGACAUUCCCUGGACCUGCAGCAAAUCCAAGGUUACAAACCCACAAAGAAGAAUUCUGUAGAAUUACAAAGGAAAACUUCAAGAAGGAAAUCCACAGAUCAGCAAAUCAAAUCCUGGCUAUCCCCAAAGAAGCAUACCACAGAGAAACAAAAUGCAUAUACUCAAACCUCAGAGCAAUUCCUACACCAGGAAGCUGAUCAGCAGCAGGCCAAAGAGGAGGAGGUCCCAGUACAACGAUCCAAAGAUAAGCAAGCCAAAGACCAAAAAUCUGUAGAGGAGCUAUACCCUGAAGGACAUAUUAAUGGCAAAGAGGAAGAAGAUCAGGAAUCUGAUAAGGAGCAACGUCCAGAAGAACAAGCUCAAAUUCAACCAGCUGAAGACCAGCAGAUGCAAGAGCAGAAAGCCCCAGAGAGCCAGUUCCCAAAUUCGCAAGAAAGACAACAAAUGCUAUUAAAGAGAGCCCCAACACAGCCAUGUGAGAACUGGGACUCACAAAACUUUCAAUUCACAGAAAAGUCAUCUUCAUACUUGUCAAAUCCAUCCUGGCAGCCUGCUAGCCUGGGAUCCCAAGACCGGAGAAGUCAAGGCUGGAGAAACAAAGAUUGGAAAGUACAAGAAUGGCAGUUUGAAAUACAGCCUGGCCUAGACUGGGAAUCCCAAGAGCUAUUAGAGAGAGAAUCUUUAAGGCAAGGAGCACUACACCAAGACAUCCAACCCCGAAGCACCAUAGUCCAACAUACCCAAGAUCAUCAGUUUCCUAACUUUGUAUUUCAAGUAGGUCUGUGCCAAUACAAUGACCAACAAGACUCUGAAUCUGGUGUUUUAAGAAGAGAUACAUAUGCAGAUGAUGUACAAACAAGAGACAGAGAACCCAGAGACACAGAAGAUACAUUCCAGAAACCAAAAGACCAGAAGGCAGAAGAUGAGAGGCCAGAUAGUUAUCCUGCUUCUUGUCAGAGCUUGGUUCCAUACACAUAUGUAACCUAUUUAUCCAAUGUAGCAUCAGAGCAAGAGAGGCAGAACAAUACAACCCCCUGUUCAAAUUCAUCCAAAGAUCUGGAUGACACUUCUUCCUCAUUGUUUCAGAAAGAUCAACAGCAGUCUGAAGAUUCAGACUAA